UAUAAAUAUGUCGCGCUCUCGCUUUAUUGCGCUCCGUGCGUGUGCGCGUGCCAACUAGUUGUUAGCUAGCGCUAGCUGCCCGGUCACAGUGAGCUAGCUCAGUGAAACAUGGUCUUCUCGGCACCGCUUGUGCCAACACACAGCGGCUGUUCAUUAUGAGCGAGGAGCCCCGCUGCCACUGCAUGUCCGCCCGCAGCCCCUGAUGCCAGAGAGGACGAGGGGCAGUGAGAGAACGAUGAGAAGUUAGCUAAAGCCCACACGGAGGGACGCGAGUGGUUCUCUGGACAGGCGGCUGCUGCUUUCCUGCGAAGGAAGGAAGGAAGGAAGGCUCUGAGAUUUUUUUUUCCGCUAAUGACUGGAUGCGGAAGGAGGAUAUGAGACAAGCUGGACAGCUAAUGCUAACUGUAAGCGAUGCUUCACAGUUCACAAUGAAUGUUUUUUCUUACAUUCAGUGGGUUACCAAUGUGCCAAAAAGUCACUCUCCAGAUUACCCAACAGGGAUUAGGCUAGAGUGUGGCAACGUUGGCGCACGGAGGGAGAACACACCGGCACCAGAAUGUGCAAGGACUCUUGACCUCAUCUGAAGUAUACAUAUCCAAGACCCAGAACUAUUGUCCUUGAUGAAACAGUCUUGGUUAACAAGCCAUCCCCAAUGGAAGUGCCAUCGUAGACACAAGACACUGUGGCUUGAAUUGCUGCACAGUUUUUUUGGCUACAGCCUUGAAAGAAGCAUUUCAGCUUUUGGUGGAACCUGAAGGCGGAGAUGGGUUCCCAGGCUCUUCAGAUACUGCGGCAGGGGGUGUGGGCUUCGCUCAGUGGAGGCUGGUAUGUGGACCCCCAUCAGAGCACGUUCUCCAACUGCUUCCACCUCUACCUUUGGAUAUUUCUUCUGACCUUCCCCUUUCUGUUGUUCAUGGCUCUACCCCCAAGCUUGAUAGUAGCAGGCGUCUACUCUGCUGUGGUGGCAGUUUUCUUCACCGCCAUUAAGGUGGUGAAUUACCGGCUCCACACUAUGUUCGACCUUGGGGAGAUUAUAGAGAAGAAGCAGGCCUCACUCACAGCUGAAGCCCCAAGAACAGAAGAGGGAGAUGAAGGUUCAGGUGUCCAUGAUGGGAAUCACCGCAGGGAUAGUCAUGUUGGUGUGGAGAUGACUGUGUUUCGGAAGGUCAACUCAACACCCCCGGUGCGCUGUAGCUCCCAGCAUUCGCUGUUUGGGUUGAACCAAGUGUCGGAGUUCUUGCCCCAGCUGGAGGAUACAGGGGGCACUAAGGAUAUCAAAGAACUAAUGCGGGAACAAGGAAGCAAUAAUGUGAUUGUUACGUCAGCUCACAGGGAUAUCCUACGACAGAGCUCCCAGGACACCAUUCGAGCUCCUUGUGUCAUCCAGUCCUGCAUUACUGCUGGUCUGGGAGGUGAUUUCUCUGGUCUUGUGGGAGUAUCUGGUGUGUCUGCUGUAUUUGGAGAACAUGGAGAUUGCUUGUCUAUCCCCCCUUCACCCUCCAGUCAAGAAGAUGGGGGUGAGAAAGAGCAGUUGCAGGAAGUGGAGGAACAACGGAGUCCAGAGGACAAUGGGUUGGUGGCUUAUUAUCCCCUUGGCCCCUCUGCUGAAUCUGAAAGCCUGGGGGAUACUCCCCUCAGCCCCCUUAUAAAGAGCAGCUUAAGCGAGGAGCUGAGUGAAAACCUCCUGGGUUUGGGCCUUGACCCUGUGGCUUUUGCACCUGGGACUGAGCACCCAGGCAGCCGCAGCGGGGUGGCACUAGCUGCCGGAUCCACGGACAGCUGUUUCAGUGCAGGUGGCACAACCACAGACCGUGAAACGCUGAGCACUGUUAGUAGUUACCGCAGUGAAAAAACUGAUUCUACUCAGCUGGAAAGCCCUUCGUUCAGCCAGUCACGACCUGCAGACGGACAGCUGUCUGCCUCAGCAAAAGCAAUAGGCUCCUACAUCCCUGGGCCUAGGGAAGAUCCAGCAGGACAGGGUGGCAGUGACACAGACAACCUGUCAGACAGUGUGCUACUGCGUUCACCUUCCAAAGAGUUUUCCCUUAGCCAGGGGCUAGACAGGACACUUGUUGAAGGAGAGGAUUUGACCCCUGCACCCUCUGAUAUUGCACAGCCCCCUCCUCUCCAGAACUCUUCCCCUUCAAGUAGUGGCCAAUCAGAGGUUUGCGAUUUAGACAGAAAUUUCCCAGUUCCUCCUUUACCCCCACCUCGGCAGGCCAAUUCAGUGCCCUCAGGGCUGGCCCUGGGUCUAGUGUGCUCUGAGCCUGCUUUGCCCAUAUCCUCUACCCCUUUCUUGCUGUCUGACCAGCCUGCUCUGCAAGCCCAGCAGGUUGUGCGCCCGAAAGACUUAAAGCUGCUGCGGGCCAGCGGCAGUAGUGUAGGGCACAGGCCGGGCCGAAGGAAAGCUCCACGAAGGCGAGCUGGAGCAGGAAGCAGUAGUUUUGACUGUGGCUCUUACAGGCGUCAUCACAAUCAUAGACAACACAGAGAUUACAUCCCUGUGCGCAGCCGACUGGGCGCCAAGGCGUACAGUGAAAGUCUGUUUGAAGAUUCCAGCGAUGAGGAUGAUGGCAGUGACAUGAGCGCUGGUUCUAGUCUGGGCUCCCAGCGUCGAUAUAGCUCAGACGACGAUGAGGACGACGAUGAUUCAAGUUCCUCUACCUCCUGCUACUCCCCAGACCUCGCUAACACUGGCAUGACAUCCCCACUCUCCCCUACUGCUCAACUGCCCACUCCAAGGGAAGGGGAUUUACCUGAAACUGCUGGCCCCUCUCAUUCUCGUGCCGCUCAACGCUCUUCUAGCACGGCUAGUGCUAAAACUCACGCAAGAGUGCUAAGUAUGGACGGUGCCGGUGGUGGCCAGAGCAACACGGCAGCUCAGCCCUCUACUCUGAUUACGAUGCCCUCCACCUCCACCCCUGCACCCCGGACUCUAACCAUCUCCAAGUCUGAUCUGGAAGCCCGCACUAUUCAUACCGAUGGCUUCCCUGGAACUCUUCACCAUCGACUUGAUUCUCUGGGCGGCUCUUGGACUGGCAACCAGAUGGGAUGGAGGGUAGGAGAGCUGCUUGAAGAGGGAGCUGUGGGAGGAGCCAUGGUUCCAGAGGACGGGAACAAACACGACUCGGUCAGCAGUGUAAAGAGGACCCAGGCCAUCCGCAGGAGACACAAUGCUGGGAGCAACCCUACACCGCCCCCGUCCACUAUGGGAUCCCCUCCCAGUCUGCAAGACCUCCAGCGGGUUCGUACCUCCUCUCAUUCGCGGACUCGCACACUCCCCUCAGCCUUACAGUUUGCCUCCUCGCUCCUACUGCCUCGCGGUGGCAUCCAUGAGGCCUCCACCUUCGACGACACAACAGAGGGAGCAGUGCACUAUUUCUUUGACGAGAGUGGGGUGAAGAGGUCCUACACGUUUGGCACUGGUGGAGGUGGUUAUGAAGACCCAGUUCAGGAAAGGGAAAGGGAAAGAGAGCGAGAGAGAGAAAGAGAACGGGAAAGGCAGUCCCAGUCAUCAAGCUUCACCUCCACUGAGGUCCAGGAAGGAGCACCGGUUCUGUCCAUGCUGCAGCCCAGACCAGUGGUUCUACAGGGCAUGCAGGUGCGCAGGGUGCCUCUGGAAAUGCCUGAGUUUGAUCUGGAUCACGAGUCUCUACAGGAGUCCCAGGAAAACACUCUGAUGAUUGAGGAGAAAGCCAAACCCAAACAGUACUAUCGCUUUUGGGUGCUCCCUGGGAAGUGGCUGAGGGUUCGAUAUGAUCGAUUGGCUCUCCUUGCCUUAUUGGACAGGAACCGUCGUGUGGGUGAGAACGUGUUUGCUGUGGUGCUGGCCAGUCUGGUGGCCUUCCUGGGGUUCAUACUGCUGCUUCACGGCUAUUUCAGGGACAUCUGGGUCUUCCAGUUCUGCCUGGUCAUUGCAAGCUGCCAGUACUCCUUACUGAAGAGCGUACAACCAGAUGCAGCUUCUCCCAUGCACGGCCAUAACUGGAUCAUUGUGUACAGUCGGCCGGUUUACUUCUGCCUAUGCUGUGUGAUGAUCUGGAUCUUUGACCUAUCUGGGCGCUCUGGAAGUCUUCAACCCUUCUCCCUCUACGGCAUCACCUUCUUCUCUGGACACUUCCUGCUCUGUGUCAGGGACAUGCUAAUUGUCUUUGCCUUGUGUUUCCCGGUCAUUUUCCUCUUUGGGUUGCUACCUCAGGUCAAUACUUUUGUGAUGUGUCUGCUGGAGCAGAUAGACAUGCACAUUUUUGGUGGAACUGCCACUACCAGCCCCCUCUCAUCUCUCUUCAGCCUCAUACGCAGCAUGUUGGUGGCUGCUCUGCUGUAUGGAUUUUGCCUCGGUGCUAUCAAUGCACCGUGGGGGGACGCCCAUGUGCCAGUACUGUUCUCUGUGUUUUGUGGCCUACUCCUGGCCUUAUCCUACCACCUCAGCCGCCAAAGCAGUGAUCCCACCAUUGUGUGGUCACUGGUCCGAUCUAAAUUAUUCCCUGAGCUGGAGAACCGAACACCAGAAGACCCCCCUGUGGAGAUCAAGGACCCUCUCCCUGAGAAGCUGCGUAAUUCUGUGAACGAGAUUCUUCACUCUGACCUCGUCAUGUGUCCCCUCAUGGCUGUGAUUACCUUUGCCAUCAGUGCCAGCACAGUUUUCAUCGCUUUACAACCUGCUCUUAGCUUUGUCUUGUACAUCCUGGCUGGAGUUAUAGGCUUCAUUACACACUAUCUCCUGCCGCAGCUCCGCAAACAGCUGCCAUGGUUCUGCCUGGCUCACCCCGUGCUCCGCUCCAGAGAGUACAGUCAGUUUGAGGUUCGAGAUGCUGCUCAGCUAAUGUGGUUUGAGAAGCUUUAUGCUUGGCUGCAGUGUGUGGAGAAGUAUUUCAUCUACCCGGCCGUGGUGCUCAACUCCCUGACGACUGAAGCUCGAACUGUGGGUCAGAACCACAAGGAGCUGGACAUCUACAGCCGAGCUCUCUUCAUCUCAGUAGCAGGCAUGAAGCUGCUGCGUUCGUCCUUCUGUGCACCGUCGCAGCAGUACGUCACGCUGUGCUUCACCACGCUCUUCUUCCAAUUUGACUAUCCACACUUCUCAGAGACCUUCCUGAUCGACUAUUACUUCAUGUCCAUCCUCUUCAGCAAGAUGUGGGACCUGCUCUACAAACUUCGAUUUGUGUUGACUUACAUCGCCCCCUGGCAGAUCACGUGGGGGUCGGCGUUCCACGCAUUUGCCCAACCCUUUGCUGUGCCCCACUCUGCUGUGCUCUUCGUCCAGGCCGUUUUCUCUGCUGUAUUUUCCACCCCUCUCAAUCCCGUCCUAGGCAGCGCUGUAUUUGUCACCUCGUACACCAGACCUGUGAAAUUCUGGGAGCGCGACUACAACACCAAGCGGGUCGAUCACUCAAACACCAGACUUGCCACUCAAUUAGACCGCAACCCAGGUGCGGACGACAACAAUCUGAAUUCGAUUUUCUACGAGCACCUGACACGCUCGCUGCAACACAGUCUGUGCGGAGAUCUGCUACUCGGCCGCUGGGGUAACUACAGCACGGGCGACUGCUUCAUCCUCGCAUCGGACUACCUCAACGCCCUGGUGCACAUCAUCGAGAUCGGCAAUGGCCUUGUCACCUUCCAGCUGAGGGGUCUCGAGUUCAGAGGUACCUACUGUCAGCAGAGGGAGGUAGAGGCCAUCACCGAGGGAGUGGAGGAGGACGAGGGCUGCUGCUGUUGUGAACCAGGUCACCUGCCUCACAUGUUGUCAUUCAACGCUGCCUUCGGACAGCGCUGGCUGGCGUGGGAAGUGGCCGCCACCAAGUACGUACUAGAGGGCUACAGCAUCAGCGACAACAACGCAGCCUCCAUGUUGCAAGUGUUUGACCUUCGAAAGAUCCUGAUCACAUAUUAUGUCAAAAGUAUCAUCUACUACGUGAGUCGAUCUUCUAAGCUGGAAGAGUGGCUGACCAACGAGACGGUUCAGGAGGCUUUGCUGCCUUGUCUCAGUCCGAACUAUGUGGACAGUGACCCCACCUUCAACCUGAACAUCGAUGAGGACUAUGACCACAGGGCCUCAGGCAUUACCCUCUCCUCAUUCUGCAUGAUUUACCUGGACUGGAUUCAGUAUUGCAACAGCAGGCGUCAAAUGUCGGUUACUUGUGAAAGAGAUUCUCCACUCGUCAACCUUUGCUUUGGCCUGUGUAUCCUGGGAAGAAGAGCUCUGGGCACAGCCUCUCACAGCAUGUCUGCAAGCUUGGAGCCGUUUCUCUAUGGCCUCCACGCACUCUUCAAGGGAGAUUUUCGCAUCACGUCUCCUCGGGAUGAGUGGGUGUUUGCAGAUAUGGACCUGCUGAAUCGAGUCGUGGCACCUGGAGUGCGCAUGUCCCUCAAGCUGCAUCAGGACCACUUUACAUCACCGGAUGAGUAUGAGGAUCCGAUGGUUCUGUAUGACGCCAUCACUGCCAACGAGGAGAAGAUGUUGAUAUCACACGAGGGUGACCCGGUGUGGCGCAGCGCCAUUCUAGCAAACAUGCCUUCACUGCUGGCACUGCGCCACAUCAUGGAUGACGGCAGCGACGAGUACAAGAUCAUCAUGCUUAACAAGAGGUUCCUCAGCUUCAGAGUCAUCAAGGUCAACAGAGAGUGUGUUCGUGGGCUGUGGGCAGGGCAACAGCAAGAGCUGGUUUUCCUACGCAAUCGUAACCCAGAGCGUGGCAGCAUUCAAAACGCCAAGCAGGCGCUGAGGAAUAUGAUUAACUCCUCAUGCGACCAGCCCAUUGGUUACCCCAUCUAUGUGUCCCCCCUCACCACCUCAUACGCUGGGGGCCACAGCCAGCUCCGUUCUGUGUGGGGAGGACCCAUCAGCCCACACAACAUUUACACGUGGCUCAUCAGCAGCUGGGACAGGUUACAGAAAGGUUGUGGUGCAGGCUGCAACAGCGGAGGAAACAUCGAAGACUCUGACUGUGGAGGCGGCUCCACCUCCAUCUCCACCAACCCAGCCAUUCACACCACGCAGAGUACACCUGCCUCCAGCCUUCCUCAGCCACACAUCACCACUAUCCAGCCCUCCAUGGGCACAGACAACCCUGUAGGUCCAACACAGAACUGGCCUCACCACCCCCAGCCUCUUCCACUAGCUCUGCUCAGCCAAUCAGAAGGCAGGAUGGAGGCGGGCCUGCUCACAUCCCUACAGCGUACAUCCUCCAUCCAGGGGCUCUUGGGACAGCAGCUGUCCAGCUCCCAGCUCUCGUUCAGCAGCUCCAUGAUGCCGACUCCUCUGCAAGGCUCAGAGCGCUUCUGCCCGGCGAGCCUCUUGGAGAACUCGGGGCACAGAGCGGGCCAGCGGGCUGGCCUCGGUCAUGGCAGCGCACUACACUACGAGAGCCACUUUGGCAAGUGGAGUUUUUCAGGCAGAAAGGGCUUCAAUGGACCAGCUGCAGUGGAGGGAGAAGGAGGAACAGUACAGACCAUACGCACACAGCCUACUCCUCCUGCUCCCCUACAAGAGCUCAGUUCAAUACAAGAUCCUCUGGGCGCCACUCAGACUUUGGACCCCACCCUGCAGAGUGCCAGCGACCCCCCCACCCCCCGGGAGGAAUCCACAGAGCUGCCUUUACUUGAGCAUCUGCGAUGAGACCCUGACAGACAUUUUUUGCAGUGAAAGCACACGGCGGUUGAACCUGGUCCAGCGCCGCCCAGACUGGACUCAUUCCAGCCUUCUGCACUCAUUCCAUCAACUCCUUGUUUAAGUGACUAAAAUCCUGUAAUGUAAUGGCCCUCUACAGUACUGUAUUGGUCUGGCUCUAUACACAUCACCCCUAUCCUCUGCAGCCAAAGGAGUCAAACGUUUAAUAGAGUGCUGAGCUGACGCUCGUCGGAUAAUGAAAUGAUUUCAGCCAAAGUCAGCGUUCAUCGAGACUCACAAGUUCCAAUGAUGAACUCACUUUUAACUUUUGGUUUUCCAAAUAAAGGCACUCCGUGUCUCUAUGGACAACCUUUGGGUUGGAAGUGGCAGGCCAGAAAGACCAGUGCAAUUAAAAGGGAUUUUUUUGCUUGAGGAUUGUUUAUUUUUUAUACUGGACAACAGAGGAUCAACUCUGACUUUCUCUCACUUGACAUUUGAACCAGCAGGGUUAUUUUAUUCUUCCUUUUUUGCAUAACCAAUCAAAUCAAAAAAGGACCAGUAUGUCGCUGUGUGUGCAGGUGAAGAGAUAAUAAUAUUUAUUAAUACAUAUUGAACAGUUUCAACAGGCUCCACUUAUUCCCCCGUGCACAUCAUACAUGCAACAUUCAACAAGGAAAGGAAGGGGGGAAAAAGCUUCCCACCCAAAUGUUAUCUCUGUCCUCUGGCCUGUUUCCUACAGAGGUGCCUGACAACAUCAACGCUCAGAAGCUCUGUCACCGAGCAGGUUUCAGGUGGGAUCAAAAUUUUAAAAAAAAAACUCCCUUCCAUCCCAGCCAGCACGUGUUACUUUCACCUCAUUUUAGAAUGUGCGAGUCCUGAAUCUGAUGAGCGACACAAAGAUGUGGGACAAUGUCGGACAGAGCUGGCGCCGCUGGAUCAGGAAGGAUUGGAGGAUGACUGUGUUGAUCACAAACCGACAAACUUGUAGUGUGAGAAACAUAAAGCCUUUUUUUGUUUUCGUGAGUGGAAUGUCCUUUUUAUUGUUUUUACUUGAAGAACCACGAGUUCCUCUGUGUUUAAGGGGCACUGAGUUUGUUUUCUUGAUUUAAAAAAAAAAAAAAACUCCUCGAUCAGAUUCAGUCAGCUUAUGACUUUCUCAACCGCAGGGAUCCAGGCCUCUCUGUGUGGGGAGCUCUGUUUUCUUUGCCUGCAGAACGGCACCUCCCGUUACUAUACUACUGCUUCUGCAUCUCCUGCUACUACUAAUAUACCCACUACUACUGCUCCUCCCACAGUUAAAUCCAGCGUUUUAGUUGGAAAUAGACAAAAGCUGAAUAAAUACUGAAAAGCAAAGGUGGAAUAUUUAUUGUUUAAUAUUGUCUUACAGAUAUCUUUAACGGGGUUUGUCUAUAUGGUGUGCUGAUUAUAUCGAGUUGGAACUCUGCCUUCUGUCGACUGUAUACCCCUCCCCUCCCUCAAUUUGUUUGGUGUCAUCACAUUUGUAUCAUCUCAACGAUAGCUGAGUCUUUUUUUUAUUUUUACACCUGUAGUAGAACUGGAAGUAUCCCUGAGAAGUCACUUUAGGUUGGUUUCUUUCCCACUCGUGCACUCUGUGAAAAGCAAAGGAAAACCCUGAUGGUUGAAGUACAUCAUGCAACAGAAGGAAGAAGCCGGCAGUUCAAUCCAUUUGACCCUAAACAUUUCCCCAGCUCCUGAGGCUUUGUGCCCAGUUGUCUGCGGCAAGAUUCGGAAACAACCUGAUGCCAUAGGGUUAAUCUGCGUAUCAGAAAUCGACCUGUGUUCUUGUUUUCUCACCAACACUCAGAGGCAGUGUUCCUCAGUAGGAAACCUGACAGCAGGCCAGCAUUCUCAGGGUCUGUAACGGGAAAGAAAUCAACUUUUUUUGCGGGAAGACUUUUUGUCCAAAGGCAGAGAACUGAAAGGGGGAUUUAAAAAAAAAGUGUGACACAUGCAUUGAAUACUGGGUCAUGCUAAUGUUAACAAAAGAUGCCACUUUUACAGUGUUUUAUUCUCUCUGGGUUAAAGUACGUUCUACACACUGCAUGCUGUUCAGUUACUCUGUCCUUCUUUCCACCUUCUCUGCUUAGAUUUGAACAAGGGACACAAAGCUUCUUUCUUUUCACCCCCUUUUUUCAAAAAUAUUUCCGCAGCCCUGACAUUUCUUUCUGUCUCGGCUGCGAAGAAGUUAAAACGGGUGAAAGGUGAAUCACCUUCCCUCUUGAAACAAAACCGAUAGUAACUUCCUCGACUCAGGGAAAAACAGACUGUGAUCAGUGCUGUUUUCUGUUUUUCUCUUCUCCUCAUCCAUCGUGUAACCAAGGGAGUUAAGGUUGUUUUAAAUAUUAUGAUUUUUACUUUGCUGGCAGCGAGGAAAGCACAAGUUAACGGACAGACCUGGGUCUUAAUAAAAAAGGGAUUUCUUAUCUCUGAAAUUCUGUACAGCAUGUUUCGUAUAUAAAUCUAUAUUUAAAAUAUAAAUCUAUUUUAUUAUUAUUGGAUUUUGGGUUCUUUUAAAUUGAAGACACUAUGUUGAGGUUCAGGGGAGGGACUCCUGUGUUUACCCAUCAGAGGGCAGAGCUGAGCAGUGGAGAGAAACGUCACAUCAAAAUGUGCAGUUUGGGAAGAAUCAAUUCAAACUUCUUUUGCACAAAAAGUAUCAUACACCAUCCCACUCCGAUAUUGUUUUUUGUUAUUUUAGCAAUAUUUUUUGGAGGGGGGUCUUUUAUUUAAGAACUUUAAGUCAAUGUUAAAUGUUCUGUACAGUUUUUUUUAUGUGACUUCUUUUCUUUUUUUUCAUUUUUUUUUCUCCUAUUUAAAUUAAAGGUUUUUGUGUCUGUUUGCAAA